AAUACCUUUGCUUUUAUCCCUAGACAAUAAGAUGCUGGUAAACUGAUUUAAGACACUCAGUUUACAUUAAAUCUUGAAAGAAGCAGGACUGUACAUCGACAGCAAACAUGUGGCUGUCUCAAGCUGUCCUAACUUUGUGUUUACUUGUGGCUUACACUUCAGCCGUUGAUGACAAUUAUAUGCCAUCGCCCAACCCACCCAGCCCUGUCCCAACACAAAUGCCAGAACCGGAAUGGAAAGCUCCUAAGGAAUACCUAGAAAUGCGAAGUCAUCAUAUCCAGACACGUGAUCAUGGAUGUGCAGAAUUUCCACAAGAAGUCGAAAAACCAUCUCACUGUGUCAAUAUUUGGAUCAAAAACCGUUUCAGCAUGGCCAACAUUGCUCCAUCUGUGGUCACACUUGAAUUUCAAUACAACGGCAAAAAGGCUAUGAAAGCUGCAUGGAAACCAGUGACGACAUGGCUAGAGCACGUUUCACCAUGGCGUGUAAGAGGGUGUGCAACAACGGUGGGUGGAAGAGGAAUGUCAUUGAGCGGAGGUAAGCUCAGAUGGCUAGCCGUAUAUAACCACACUCAAAGUAACACAGAACAAUCUGGUGUGAUCGCUUGGAAUACAAUCAACAGAGCAAUGACUACUGGGAAAUAUUGCUUCCAUCAAAAUUACCCAAUGGCCUUUAUAAGAACGCCCUACAUCAAGCUAACUAUCAAAUCAAACUUCGGUAUGAACGCCAUGCAUAACGCCAUGGCGGUAUGGGUGAAAGGUAUGACAUCAACUGGUAAUGAGAUUUGCCUGAGCGAGUUUCAUAACUGGAUUGGAUAUCAUGAUCAAUUCGAUCUGCACUGGUAUGCAACAACUAAUUUACCGAGUGAAGAUAAUGGGUCAGCGGUAGGAGAAGUAGUUUUCCCAGCAGGCGAAGUAGUUCCUGCCGAUCAUAACCAAUUGAAUCGCUUCUACUGCCGUAAUGUCACCUUACCACAAGGCUACUACCCCUGUCCAGCUGUUAUGUUACAACCUGUUGAACAAAGUCUUGCUGUGUGUGAGUCACCAACUGUUGCUUGGAUAUCGUACUGGAAAAAUGAUACUAUGGUGGUCUGCUAUGGCGAUCAACGUGGUAUCAGGGGACAAAGAAAGACUGAGGUGAAAGUACAAUACAUAGUCUAUGGAGUAAGAGACAAAUGCUCUGAUCUAACCUGCCCAAUGAACAAGCAUUGUGUGCACCCAACAUACAACACUGUUAAAUGCGGAUGUUGGAAGAUGUGUCCAGAAGGCGGAAGCAAGGUUUGUGGUACCAACAUGAAGACAUAUGAUAACAAGUGCAAACUUGAGAAGGAGGCUUGUGAGGGCGGUGAUAAAUUCAUGUAUGCCCAUGAUGGGCCUUGCGAGAUGAUGACUUACGAUCACGGUCGCGUUCAAUUGGAAGCAGUAGGUGAAUGCGGAGGACUCUACUGCAAGAACGUUUCAACAAGAAACAACGUGUGGUAUCCGCAUGCCAACAUAAGCGUGCAGAUAACAGUCAAUUGGAUGAACAGUAUCGGUCGUAUGGCAAAUGUACACGAUGCUACCUCAUCAUGGAUUGAAGAUGUCAAACCUACAGGCUUCAGAGCAUGCGUAAUGGAAGCUGGACGUAGAAACUUGGUCAUGCCACCUCAUAUCAACUGGUUUGCGUAUCAAGGAAAAAUGGACCAUGUGAAAUCACAACGUAUUGAAGUUGGGGAAUGGCAGUCAGGAACACACUGCGUCCCGUUGCAUGAAAGAAGACCAAUCAGAAAACCAAUGCCAUGGAUGCCACCAAAAUGUCCAUCUGCUAACCUUGCAAACAACGAUAAAGCGAAGGAAGACAAAUGGCAUUACGAUUCUCUCUUGAUGGCUAAUAUCUACGGUCAACAUCACCAUGAAUGGUUUAGACGAAUCAUGAUGGGCUAUGGCGUUGAAAAAUUGAACUUGACCAGUGGGAUGAGACUUGGCAACGCGACGCUAAUGAUGACGGUUGAACACACCGACAGAUCACCGAUAUCGGAUUCCAUCAAAGAUGCUAUUAAUGUUUGGAUGGAGUAUGACAACAACACAAAGGAAUCGUAUAUUUGCUUACGAGAGAUGCAAAACUUUGAUGGAACACAUAAAGGAAUCCACGUGCACUGGACAUUAUUCAACAGUUCUACGAUACCUGGAGUUGGACAAAGCCAUAUGGUGAAGUUCCGACCGAAGCGAAUGGCUCCGAUGUAUAAUAAUUACGCUUUCUGUGAGACAAGACCAUACCUUCCGAUGAACUUUACUCUAGUAGGCAACGCAACUGUUUUGGUGUCCCUGAUGCAUAAAAUAGCAUCAAAUAAGGCGAAAGACUCCAUGAAGAAAUACAUGAGUUACCAACAAGAGGUUAUGAAAGGUAUGCCGAUGAUGGGCGACAACAACAAAAAAGUAAUGGAUAGUUGGAUGAUGCCCCAUAUGUGGAGAGCGAACCUCACUGGAUGGAGACCACAUAUGAGAAUCUCGAGAAACACAGACUACAGCGCGUGGAUUGAGGGAAUGAAUGGAACACAUUUGAAAGUUUGCCAAAAGUCUGUCUUUAACGGUUUUAUUUUUGAUGGCGUAGAUGUUUCUGUUAUCGUUUUGCCAGAUCGAUGCUCGGAUGGAUAUCGUCAUGUCAAGUAUGGUAAAUCUUCGUCAUUGUGUUUUGGUUAUAAAGAGAAUUGCGCAAAUAGUAACACCGCUGGCCAACGUUGUAGAGAUGAAGGAGCAUUUGUGGCUUGUCCAGAAAAUACAAGAGAUAACUACAUUGUCUCAUAUAUAUCCAGUCAACGCCCUAUCCAAAUAGCUAAAGGGGAUCAGGCGGAAGAAGGAAAGUGGGUGAGAAUACUAGGAAACCCGUCUAAGAGUAAUUACUCAAGGUGGGCUCCGGGACGUCCAACUAUUGACCGAAGCAGAAAUUGUGAUCUGCAAAGAGGUCGUCCUGAUGCGUUCACGGAAAUUGAUGUUCCAUGUAGCAACUGCAUGAAUUAUGUCUGUGUAAAACCUGCACCACAGUUGAGUUGCAACUUUCCCAGUCACUAUUGUAAUGGAUGUGGCAAGUGCACGAUGACUGCUCCUUUCAGUUUCAAAUGUGAUUGCAUUCCGCCAUUUACUGGAGCAAGGUGUGAAAAACGAAUGAUGUAAACAUAGGUUAACAACAUCAUAUGGAAAUUGUGCUGAUGCUGUUAAAGACAUCAAAUUUACGUUUUUUUAAUCAGUCAUGUCGUAAAUAUAUGAUGCACAGUUUAUGCACUUCUGUUAAAAAACAUGUUAACAUGCAAUAUUUCCUUUUUGUAAAAUCUAAAUCUUAAUUUUUGAUUUUUUUUCUUAUCACCCAGUUAUUAUAAUUUUUUAACAAACUUAAAAGUCAAGAAGGUUUUGAAUUGAUGCUACACAUUUUUAUGACUUUUUCCGCCUCUUUUUCUCAUAACUGUUCAGUUAAAAAUGUCUUUGCUUUCCUGCACAUGAUUGCACAUCAAAGCAGCUUCGCCAUCAGAACAUGUCACCAUAGCUUCAUCGGUUUUAACACUAUAUGUUGGAGUACGUGAAUCUCACGAUGAAAGGUGAAAUGUUUUGACGACGAAGUUGCUGGUGGAAAUAAAUUCCAAUGGCAAUAAAAUAAUGAAAACAAUAGAAGGCUUUUUUCCUUUUCUAAACCCAUCUGACUUAUUCAAAAAAAUUAUUAUUUUCCUGAAAAACAAAAUUAAUUGGGGUGAAAAAUGAAAAACUCUUGAAUUCCACAACUUGCUAAGUUCCUUAUAACGAAGCUAUACAUAAGAGACGAUUACAAAUGUAACACCUUUCAGGUUCAAAUAUUUUUUAUUAUUUUCACAAAAAUCUUAACAUUUCUUUUCA